AUGGCCAAACGCCUGUUACUAGCUGCUAUUGCUGACGAAGAUUCAGUUACUGGAUUGCUUUUGGCUGGAGUUGGCCAAGUUUCUAAUGAGCCAGGCAAGGAGACUAACUUCAUAACUGUGGUCCCAGGAAAGACCACCGUGGAACAAGUGGAAGAUGCUUUUGAAAACUUCACAGCAGAAAGAGACGAUAUUGCCAUUCUUCUCAUAAACCAGCACAUUGCUGAUUUGAUCAGAUACAAGGUGGAUAACUAUACUAAUGCAUUCCCAGCCAUUCUCGAGAUUCCUUCAAAGGACCAUCCAUACGACCCAGAGAAGGAUUCUAUCUUGAAGAAGGUCAGACGGUUGUUUGGUGAGUAG